UCUGCCGCGCUGUUCCAGUAGUUGGAGUUGUUGUACAACCGUGCGCAACAGAAAGAGAGAGAGAGGGGGAGAGGAGCGAGAGUGCAGCAGCUGAGUGUGCAAACAGAGGAAGAAACAUUAGGUUAUCUCCUGAUACUAUCAUCAGACACCGAGCUGUCACUUUUACCGCUCAGAGCCAGCUCCGCUCUUCUCCCAGAGUGCCCCACCACCCGCAGCAGGAGUCACAGCAGAGAGCCGGAGCAGCAGCGCCCAGGUCUGCUUCGCUUUGCUCCAGCAGCAGCAGCGGCAGCCUGUGAGGAAAAACUCCCCGAAAGCGGUCGCCUCAGCUGGCAUGAGCUAACCUCCGAGUCCAACAUGGAAACCAAACCGUUCCUGUCAUUGGGGUUUUUGAAGCCCCAGUGCUCAUUGGCCCCCCCCAUGCAGCGAGGUCGUUCAUCAGAGGCGUGCUCCUGUUUUAGCGGCGUUUGUCCGCUUCACCAGCGUCGACUAUCAUCAGAUUCUUCAGGACAGGUGACCUCCUCGCCUUUAGGCUCGCCUACUUCCCAUCGUGGAAUGCACCCUUCUCUGCUGAGUCCCACCUCCAUGGGGCCCUCUGGCUCUCUCCAUUCUCCAAUCAGCACCCUGAGCUCACCAAUGAAUGGCCUCACCUCACCCUUCUCAGUCAUUAGCUCACACAUGGGGCCGCACUCCAUGAACUCGCCUGGCAUGGGCUACGGCCCCAGCAUCAGCCCUCAGAUGUUUCAGCUAAAUUCUCCGAUGAACUCGGUUAGCAGCACGGAGGAUAUUAAACCUCCGCUGGGACUCAAUGGCGUGAUGAAGGUGCCCGCUCAGCCCUCAGGCACGGCCCUGUCCCUGACUAAACACAUCUGCGCCAUCUGUGGAGACCGCUCCUCAGGAAAACACUAUGGAGUCUACAGUUGUGAAGGCUGCAAAGGUUUCUUCAAGAGGACUGUGCGCAAAGAUUUGACCUACACCUGCCGUGACAACAAGGACUGUGUCAUCGAUAAACGACAGAGGAACCGCUGUCAGUACUGUCGCUACCAGAAGUGCUUGGCCAUGGGCAUGAAGAGAGAAGUUUUGUUACAUGCAGCCGUCCAGGAGGAGCGCCAGCGUGCCAAGGAGAAGAACGAGAACGAGGUGGAGUCCACCAGCUGCGCGAACGAGGACAUGCCCGUGGAGAAGAUCCUCGAGGCCGAGGAGGCGGUGGAGCCCAAAACCGAGACCUACAUCGAGACCAACCUUGGCAUGCCAUCUAACUCGCCCAACGACCCAGUGACAAAUAUCUGUCAGGCAGCAGACAAACAACUCUUCACUCUGGUGGAGUGGGCCAAGAGGAUUCCCCACUUCUCGGAGCUGCCGCUGGACGACCAGGUCAUCCUGCUACGAGCAGGUUGGAAUGAACUCCUCAUUGCAUCAUUUUCACACCGUUCCAUCGCAGUAAAGGAUGGGAUUCUGUUGGCGACAGGGCUGCACGUGCAUCGCAACAGCGCCCACAGUGCUGGAGUGGGAGCCAUCUUUGACAGAGUGCUCACAGAGCUGGUGUCAAAGAUGAGAGACAUGCAGAUGGAUAAGACUGAGCUGGGGUGCCUUCGAGCCAUCGUCCUUUUCAACCCAGACUCCAAAGGUUUGUCCAACCCGGUUGAGGUGGAGGCUUUGAGAGAGAAAGUCUACGCUUCUUUAGAGGCUUACUGCAAACAGAAAUACCCCGAACAGCCGGGCAGGUUUGCCAAGCUGUUGCUACGGUUACCAGCGCUGCGCUCCAUCGGGCUCAAGUGUUUGGAGCACCUUUUCUUCUUCAAGCUCAUCGGCGACACACCCAUUGAUACCUUCCUCAUGGAGAUGCUAGAAGCCCCUCAUCAAAUGACAUAAUGGGAGCGAGCACUCCUGGUCCUCAAUCUCUUGAACCUCGCCCCACACUCAAGACCCCCGACAUUCAACACCCCAGCUGACUUGGAUUAGGAGCAUCUCUCCAAAAAAGACAGUUUUAACAGAAACAGAUUUCUCCAUUCUUGUUUUAGUCCCUCCAUCCAUAUUUUCUGUUGACCACCUCUGAAAAUGAGGAAUCCUUCAUGGUUCUGGGUCCGUUUUAUACCUUGUAAAAUAUAUAAAUAAGAAAAAUAUCUAUAUAUAUAUAUAUAUAUAAAGAAAAAAAAAAGCAGUGUGUGACGAGAUUGGACUAAAACGAAGACGAGAACACAAACAUACUGAGCCAUGGUCUUCGGCUCUGCUUGUCAUGCCCCCCACACCCUCCCCGAUCGAUAUUUUAACGGCCACAGAACCCAAGCUGAUUAUCACAACUCCAGAUUCUAUGGAACUCCUGGGAUGUUUAAUCUUGGAUUUGAGCCUUUUAUUGCUUUUCAAGACUGGAGAGUUUUUUGUUUUGGUUUGGUUUUUUUGGGGGGGGGCAACAACACAUCAAGCAAAGAAACUUGUCUAUUCAAUCUGACUGAACACGUCAGCUCUUGCACUAGGUGUUUUGUUGUUUUUUUUUUAAUUGGAAGAGUGAUCUUGCCGGCGUAGAACUCAGAAGUGGCUUAACAAGCGUGCGAGAACUCCCAAACCUCAGGUCUCUGGCCAAUUCCAACAGACCCGACCAUGUCUUACUGUACCAGCACUGUGCAGCGUAAGGGAAGGAUGUCUUAGCAGUCAACAAAUCACCCUUUCCUGUUGUUAAAAAGAGUUGGAAGAACCUGCUCCGUACAAUCUGUUGAACUCUGUGCCCAUAAACUGUUGUAAAUUAGCUUUAUACGACAUGAGCAUCACUGGAUGCUCCAGAAGGCCUCCAGCAGGUGCAGGGCCAACUCAUCGCAAUUUUUUGCAGGCAUUUAUUUGCCUAAACAGAGUCCCACAUAAUCUCUGAAAUCUCUUUACAUUUCAUGCAAAUUUCUGCCAAGCAGUGACAGCUCCAUGCUCCGAAACCCCUCUGCUCAUUGCAGCAAGCGUCUUUUUUUAUUAUUUUUUUUAUUUUUAUAAACACCUCAUAUCUACCUGUACUGAAAGCUACAACAGUAUUGACCUUAUUUUCAGCAAUGCACAAAUACCUCUGUUUCCAUACCCUCAUGUAGGCUUUGGAGAAUACGGGAGAAGCGCUUGUUUGUUGUGGCAGAGCCAUUCUUUGUUUGUUACUUGGCACUUAACCUGAUGACGGUGUCGUUGGGUUUCUAAAUGGAGAGCGGAUGUUGAUGUGAUCGACCUCUGCGGUGCAGUUUGGCACUCUCCCGUUCCAGAACGCCUCAGUACUUCUCCUAAAAAGAACACACACAUUCACUCUGUGCACUUCUCUGGACAAACCAAGUGACAUUUAAUUUGAACUGAAAUGUUAAAAAUAAUUUUGUGUAAACGUGUUUCGUGUCUGUUUUUGUUUAGUUUUUUUUGUGUGAGUGUUUUCGCCCUUUUCUGCUUUUCUUUCUAAAUGCUGCAGCUGCUGCAAAACUAUGCAUAGUGUACAUUUCCAAAGACUGUCCACAAAGCGGCUUAACAAGAGUAAAUGUUUGCAAGGCGGGCAUCCCUGUUUUUCAGAUAUCGAUAGUCAUUUUUGCUCUGGGUCAAUCAUUUUCAUACAAACUAGAUUGGGAACGGAAACAUUAGCUGAUGAACUAUUAUUGAAAUAAUCAGAUAAUGGUGCUUUCCUUUUAUAGUUGGAGUUCUAAUAAUCCAAGUUUGAGAAAAAAUUGAAAGACAAAUAGAUCAGGCUUAAAAUCCCAAACAUGAAAGACUUUUACUAUACUUAAAUUAAAAGGAUUUCUAUUAUUGAAUCAGUCAUCCAUUUUAAUACUGAGAAAUAAUUUGUUUUUGGCUUAUUUUCUUUUAAGAAACCUGUUCUCAGACUGAUACAGCAAAAGGACUUCAUGAAAAAUGGAACAUAGUCCUUUAGUCGUAGUGCUUUUUUAUGAUGCAUUCAGUUUCUAGAGUCAGUUGAUUAUUUAGGCUAAUAUCCAUUUUGUCCCAGCUUUUGAGAUAAAUGGAAUAAAGCAUUGAUUCUAAAACCGUUGGGAUGAAAUAUGGCAACAACCACAUCAAAUUUAAAACAAACCAGGACAUAGCUCUGUUUUUAAACCCUUAGAUAAACAUAGAUUUUAAAAGCAACAACUGACGACCCUUUUGCCUUUAAUUAAGAUAGAAGGAAAUUAUUUCAACUAUUGCCUUUCAUUGCCUUUUUAAAAAAAAUCAUAUAUUUUCAGUAACACCUUUAAAAGAGUUCACCAAUGGCAGCAGGGGCUUAAAUCAGUUCUCUGCAUUUCUGGUUAGUUAAUAUUCCAAAUUAUCUCCAGACACAUUUUAUGUUGACAAUGUAUCUGUGAAAUGUCAAAUGUGAUUGAAAAAGAAAAAAGAAACAUAUACUGGAUGCCCUGAUUUACCUAAAGUGUAGUGAAGUGUGAUGAUUUGUGUACUGUGAGCUCCCUCUGGUGGAAGAGAAGCAGCGCUGCAACAUUACUUGAAAUAGUUUUCUAGUAUUUAAACAGACAAACAGAAGGCACUUUGUCACAGCUUUCUCAUUGUCACGGAUGCUCUGCGUCAGGCAGAAAAGCAGGAGCUUUCCCCAUCUAAAGACGAGAGAAGUAGCAAUAACUUAAAUUUAACCCAUCAGCAUGGUUGUUUAUUACUAAAAUGAACUUUAGCAAGGUGGUCUGUUCUUGCAACCUAUCCAGGUGACAGUAUUACCUGCCAGCUUGAGCUCUGUUUACAGUAUUUAUAUAUUUGGGAAAAAACCUAUAUUUGUUUCUCUGAUGAAGAAUACGCUUUGUCUUUUGUAGAGAUUUGAAAACAAACACUUGUUUCCCCAACAUUCAAAAUGAACAUUCUCAUUUCUGGCUGAGUCAGAAAUGAGAGUGCCAUAACCCUAACCCUAUUGAAGAUUGCAAACAAGCCAUAAAAAGCAUACAAUUUGCAAAAGUUAACAGUCCCUGUAGGAAAAUGGCAACUGGAGAAGAUAAGGAAAUAAUCGUCCACUUAGAAUAAAACCCUAAACGAAUGCUUUAUAACAUAAAGCUAUAUUUUGUUAAUAUGUAUAUGUGUAUAUAUUUAUAAAUAUAUAUCAGCAGAUCUGCUCAUUGAAUAUUUCAAAACUGAAAACAAGAAAAAAAAAAUCAAAAUUUCAAACUUUUCCUAAUUUAGGGGAGUUUAAUGCUGUUUUUAUCACAAAUAUGGAUGGGAGGGUUGGGUUGUAACUUUUAUUAAAAAAAAAAAGAUCCACCAGCAGCAGCUCUGAACUUAAAAGAAACCAGCUUAAGCCGUUUUCUGUGACCUCGAAAAAUAAGGAGAGGCAAAAAAUAAAAAAUAUCAACUUUAAACUCUCCAAAAUGUAAAUGUUGCUUAGCAAAUGUAUGUUGAAAAUGUGUAUUCAGGAAAAGCUGAGCUUACAACACAAUCACUGCUUUGUUUGUUGCAUAGACAGUCAAAUGUUCUAGUUUGAAAAAAAAUAAAAAAAAAAAACUUGGGGAAAAGAUCUAUUUUUGUACAAAGGUAAUUUUAUCCUCUGCUUAUUUACUCUGUUGUUCUCCUUCUCCUCUGUGGGCUGUUUAAUCGGUUGUGGAAAAAGCUUACUCAGUUUCAGGGGGAAAGUGUAACUUUGCGAGGAGGGAAGAAUUGUCUGCUUUGGCACUUUGAUAACUGUGUCGCCUUUUAUUUUGCCAUCUCAACCUGUCACCACAAGACGGGGAAAUCUCUGAUCGUCGCAUUUUUAUUUUCUGUCUUUAAGGAGACAUUUAUGUCACCUGUUGUUUGUUGGUUGUUUUUAAUGUUCUAUCUCAUGGACAGAAAGAAAAAGUUAUUAAAAAAAUCUUCAAAUUGAUGAAAG